GCCGCCCGACCAUUAACGAACUGCCACGUGAGUCGUGACCUUCUAUUCUCUCUCUAAAAGACCAGGGCAAACCGCGGGAUUUACUUUCGACUCGCUUCCUUGGCCGGGAAAGUCGGCAGCCAUGGAGCCGGAGGACAGCCAACUCUUUUCUGACUCCGACAUCACCACCACCAGCAGCCUAUGCUACCCCCCGGCGGUAGCAGCGGCCGCGGAGCCCAUGCCCUCCGCCGAGGUGGCGGCGCUCACCCGCCUCUCGGAGCACCUCGGGUCCCUUCGCCGCGCCCCGGGCCUCGCCUUCUGCGCUGAUGCCUGCAUCAUCGUUCGAUCCUCGGGCGGCGACCCCCCGCGCGAGGUGCCCGUCCACCGUUGCGUCCUUUCAGCGCGGAGCCCCUUCUUCCUCGAAAAGUUCGCGGCGGGGUCGGUGGCGCUUGAGCUCGGCGAACUGGUGGCGGGAUUCGAGGUCGGUCGCGAGGCCCUGGAGGCGGUGCUCGAGUACAUCUACACCGGCCGGCCGGAGGAGCUCCCCAGGGGCGCGGCGGAGUGCGCCGAAGAGAGCUGCCACCGCCACGAAGCCUGCUGGCCCGCAGUCCAUUUCAUGCUCCAGGUGCUCCAUGCCGCCUUCAGAUUCGAGAUCUACGAGCUCGUCAGCCUCUUUCAGCGGCGGCUCCUUGACAUUCUUGAGAAGGUAGCAACAGAUGACAUUCUUUUGAUUCUAAUUGUUGCAAAUUUGUGCAAUAAGCAUUGCCAGAGAUUACUUUUGAAGUGCAUUGAAAUGGUUGUCAAGUCAGAUAUUGAUUAUAUGACACUUGAAAAGAAGUUACCUGGAAAUGUUGUCAAGCAAAUUGUGAAGUUCCGUUCAAGUUUAGGAUCAGAUGGUCAGAGCCUUGGGUUCCCGGAUAAACAUGUAAAGAGCAUAUAUGUUGCUCUUGAUAUGGAUGAUAUUGAAUUAAUCAAGAUGCUUUUGUAUGAGAAACACACCACUCUAGAUGAUGCAAAGGCUCUACAUUAUGCAGUUGCUUACUGCGACCCAAAAACUACGAAACAGCUUCUGGAUCUUGAACUUGCAGACGUGAAUGGCAAAGAUCACAGAGGUUACACUGUGCUCCAUGUUGCUGCAAUGCGUAAAGAACCUGAAAUCAUAAUGUCAUUGCUAACGAGGGGAGCUCAACCAUCUUACAUCACCUCAGAUGGAAGAACGGCACUUAAAAUCUCCAAGAUGCAUACCAGAUCUAUAGACUACCGCAGGCCAGUUAAAAGAGGAGAAACUUCUCCAAAGGAGCGGCUGUGCAUUGAGAUGUUAGAGCGUGCUGAAGCGAAAGAUUCAACUACAGAAGCCACUUCUGUUCCAGUUGAGAUGAUCAGUGAUAACCUGCGAGAGAAAUUGUUAUAUCUUGAGAGCAGAGUUUGGCUGGCUGAGCGAUUAUUCCCUGCGGAAGCAAAAACUGCCAUGAACAAUGCUAAUGUGGACGGCACCCUCAAGUUUAAAUCAAGCAGCUUGCUGCAACCUUGUGCUGGAUACAAGAGAUCAGUUGAUGAUGUGGCGAAAGCAUCGCUCGAAAUGACAGCAGAGCAGUUAUCCCGGAUGGAAGCUCUAUCAAAGACAGUUCAGCUAGGAAUGCGUUUCUUCCCACGAUGCUCCAACAUAAUCAACAAGAUCCUGUGUGAUGAUCUGUCGGAGCUAUCUAUUGUGGAGCGCGUCGACACAGAAGAGCGAAAGAACCGAUACAAUGAAAUUCUGGAAGAGAUGAAAAAAGCAUUUACCGAAGAUAAAAAGAAGUUUGAUGGUUCUGCCUCUGCUUCAUCUUCUAAAUCGGCACGAGCGGUUCGCGCUAGGGUUGCGAAAAGUUAACACGACCUAAUGACUGUAUCAGUAGGUGCCUUCCUGUCUCUUUGGAACCUUCUCCUAUUUGUACAGUUUUGAACUUAGUUUAAUGAAUGAUGCAAUCCUUUCUUGCUAUGUGGAUGACGGAAGCAUUUUAUUGAUACAAGAGGAGGUCUGAUCCUGAAUAUUA